AUUUGAAACGUUGAUGUUGUGGAAUUUGAAGUGUGUUCGUUAAAACUCUAACAAUUUGUGAGCUGAGAAACGAAACGCUUCCCGUGGUGGCCACUCCAGUCCUCCUCCGUGGUGGCCUUCCAUAAUCAAUAAUCAACAAGAUUACUAAACUAAACCCAUUGAUUGAGUCGCAUCAAAACAAAGAAACUAUUAUUAUUAUUAUUUUAUACUUUUUACUACUCAAAAUCAAUUUAUUUCUUUCUUAUGCUUCUUAAUCAAUUCAUUCCUACCACCUUCCAUCUACGCAAUUUCCCAACGCUUCUUCUUUUUCUCUUUUCUUCUUAUAUAUAAAUAAAUAAAACCCCAAUUUCUCUUCUUCACUCACACCACACCAACACUAUAACCUAAAUAUUAUUACUCUCUUUCGUUCUCGUUCUUCAAAUUCUGCUUUUGCCUCACCAUGGCAGAGAAACAGGUCAUCGUCGUUGUCGAAAGCACCGCCGCUAUGGGACCUUACUGGGACACUCUUCAAUUGGAUUAUCUCCAUAAAAUCGUCAGGUGCUUCGGUGGUAACGAGUCAACUGGGCAGAAGCCUUCUGUUUCCAACGUUGAGUUUGCCCUAGUCACCUAUAAUACUCAUGGGUGUUAUUCUGGUAUCCUCGUGCAACGAACCGGCUGGACAAAAGACCCAGAUGUUUUCUUACAGUGGCUAUCAUCUAUACCCUUUUCUGGUGGAGGUUUUAAUGACGCGGCAAUUGCUGAAGGGCUCGCUGAAGCUUUAAUGAUGUUCCCCCCUUCUCAAAGUGGAGGCCCAAAUCAGCAGAAUGUGGAUAUGCACAUGCAUUGUAUCCUUGUGGCAGCCAGUAAUCCUUACCCAUUGCAGACACCAGUAUAUGUUCCGCAACUGCCGAGUCUAGAGCAGAGUGAAUCCAUUGACUCAGACCCAGGGAACCAAUUAUAUGAUGCUGAAGCUGUUGCUAAAGUGUUUCCGCAGUUUUCUGUUUCUCUAUCGGUCAUCUGCCCAAAACAACUUCCCAAAGUUAAAGCCAUCUACAAUGCGGGAAAACGAAAUAAUAGAGCUGCUGAACCACCAGUUGAUCCUAAAGCCACUCAUUUUCUUAUUUUAAUAUCAGAAGGUUUCAGGGAAGCCCGUGGUGCCUUGAGUCGUUCUGGAACGAACUUGCCUUCAAAUCAAAGUCCUGUAAAAGUAGACGUUGUAUCUGUCACACCCGUUACAGGGGCACCCCCAACUUCAUUGCCAUCAGUGAAUGGAUCUAUUACAAACCGGCAGCCAAUACCUGCUGGGAAUGUGACUCCUGCUACUGUGAAAGUGGAGCCAGUUCCUGUAACUUCCAUGGUAAAUGGACCAGCUUUUCCUCAUAAUCCGUCAGUUCCGCGUGUUACUAGUAAUGGUCAAGGAAUUCCAAGCUUGCAGACAUCUUCUCCAUCUUCUGUUUCUCAAGAUAUUAUGACAAAUAAUGAAAAUGCACAGGAUACAAAGCCUACAGUGUCAAUGUUGCAGCCAUCACGGCCUGCGAAUCCGGCUCAAGCGAAUGUGAACAUUUUGAAUAAUCUCUCUCAAGUACGACAGGUAAUGAACUCUGCCGCUUUAAGUGGCGGAACUUCUAUGGGACUUCAGUCAAUGGGCCAGACUCCUGUUGCCAUGCACAUGUCAAACAUGAUAUCUAGUGGAACGACAUCUUCUGGACCUACAGGUCAAAAUGUAUUUUCAUCCGGACCGCCAGUAAUGACUAGUUCUGGAUCUCUUACUGCUUCUGCACAGGUCGGACCAAACUCAGGUCUUGCUUCAUUAACGUCAGCCACUUCUAAUUUGACUUCAAGUCCAAACAAUGGGACUUCACAACCAUUAGCUAAUCUUCAAGGAACUGUUAGUAUGGGACAACAGGUUCCCGGUAUGAACCCAGGAAACCUUUCAGGGGCCCAAAUGGUGCAAGGCGGAGUUAACAUGAACCAAAAUGUAAUGAAUGGCCUCAAUCAAUCAGGUGUCUCUUCUGGAACUGGCGCAAUGAUUCCCACUCCUGGAAUGCCUCAACAAGUACAAUCAAGCAUGCAGCCGCUUGUGAAUAAUGCAGCUGCUGCUAAUAUGCCUUUGUCCCAACAGACGGCUUCUUCACAAUCAAAAUAUAUAAAGGUCUGGGAGGGAAGCUUAUCAGGACAAAGACAAGGACAGCCAGUAUUUAUCACCAAACUCGAAGGUUACAGGAGUUCUUCUGCAUCUGAAUCACUUGCAGCUAACUGGCCUCCUGUUAUGCAAAUAGUUCGGCUUAUAUCUCAGGAUCACAUGAAUAACAAGUAUGUCCUUAUUUCAAUUUGUAUUAUUUUAAUAUGUAUUGGUCUCUUUAGGUUUAUUUUGUUCCUAGAAUUUUGUUCUGUAGCUGUGCUAAUUUUGUAUGAUAUGAUUAGACAAUAUGUAGGAAAGGCAGAUUUCCUAGUUUUUCGGGCAAUGAAUCCGCAUGGUUUUCUUGGUCAGCUGCAAGAAAAGAAGCUGUGUGCAGUUAUUCAAUUGCCAUCACAGACGUUGCUACUAUCUGUUUCUGACAAAGCCUGCCGCUUGAUUGGGAUGCUUUUUCCUGGGGAUAUGGUUGUAUUUAAGCCACAAUUGUCCAGUCAGCAGCAGCAACCAAUGCAACAGCAACAAAUGCAACAGCACCAGCAGAUGCAAUCGCAACAGCAGCAUCUUCCACAAUUGCAGCAGCAGCAGCAGAUGCAGCAACAGCUACAACAGCAACAGCAACAGCAACUUCCUCAGCUGCAACAACAGCAGCAGCAGCUUUCCCAGCUUCAACAGCAGAUUCCACAAAUCCAGCAACAACAGCAACUCCCUCAACUCCAACAACAGCAGCUUUCACAACUGCAGCAGCAGCAACAACAGCUGCCGCAGUUACAGCAACUGCAGCAUCAACAACUUCCUCAGCAGCAACAGAUGGUUGGGGCCGGAAUAGGUCAAACCUAUGUUCAAGGACCUGGACGCUCACAAAUGGUUUCUCAGGGACAGGUUUCAUCACAAGGAGCUACAAACAUUGGUGGAGGGAAUUUCAUGAGUUAGGUCAUUUUUGGAUUCAGUUUCCCCAAGAUUGACACAGCACAGGUUGUGUUUUGGGGAUUAUAUUUAUUUUAUAUUUUGGCAGGCACAUCAGUGUGAACAAGAAACUUAUGUUCGUAGGGUACUAGCAUGCAAUCUCAAGUACUUGGCUCAUAAUUUAUGGUAGACAGUGAUAGGCUUGGGUCAUAUAAUAACGGUAUAUGGUCAUACCAUUUCUUUAGCCAUUGAGCCAUUAAAAACUGAUAGGCUGUAUAUAUUGAGAGCAUGCUAUAAAUUCAUUGGGUGUAUUAUGGAUACAAAGUUUAGAAUAUGUUAAACAACCUAUAUAGUUGUACAAUGCAAGUCACAAAUUAUUGUCA